GCUGAAUUGUUUGGAAAAUCCUUCUGUAGAGGAGAACUUGUUGCCUUCUGAUGAACUGCUUUAACAUUAGUGUUGCUAGGGGUAAGCGGGAAGCGGCCAUGUCUGCCAGCCGUCCACCGGAGCCUCAGCUGGUCUUUUUCCUUCUUUCCUUCUCCAUUCCUUACCCUAUCUGUCCCUCUCCCCUUGUCCAUCUCUUCAUCUCACCAUAACCCUUUUUUUUUUUUUUUUUUUGAAACGGAGUUUCGCUCAGGCUGGAGUGCAAUGGCGUGAUCUCAGCUCACUGCAACCUCCACCUCCCCGGUUCAAGCAAUUCUCCUGCCUCACUCUCCAGAGUAGCUGGAGUAGCUGGGAUUACAGGUGCACGCCACCACGCCUGGCUAAUUUUUGUGUCCUUAGUAGAGAUGGGGUUUUACCAUGUUGGCCAGGCUAGUCUCAAACUCCUGACCUCAGAUGAUCCACUUGCCUCGGCCUUCCUAAAUGCUGGGAUUACAGGUGUGAGCCACUGUGCCUGGCCUUCACCGUAACUUUUGUGUAUCUUUCCCUCUCCCACAUUUACUCUCUAUGCCGAUCUCUGUCCCCACCUCCCCAUAGCUGUCUUUCCUUUCUCUGUCCCCUCUUUUCUCCACCCAGCACCCCCAUACUUAGGCCUCUGUAUGAUCAGUGGCACCAGGUCAGGCUGGAGCCAGUACUAAUGGGUACAUCUGUGUGCAGACCCAGGGUGGGUGCUGAGGGCCAGGCCCAGGCACCUAGGACUAUAAAUGCCCCUGCAAUGUGGUUGGCCUCAGCCCUGCUCUGGCAGGUGACCCCCGGGCCCUGGGCUCUGAGGCUGAGCCCUUCUCUGAGGUCUCCCUUGUGCCCCCUACUGCCCCUGCAGUGGGAGGCCUGGAGGGAAGGCUGGCAGGAGGAACCACACUAACCAGUCUAUCUCCCUCUACCCCCAGCUGUGCCUCGAUGCCUUGGGUUUCCUACAGGGUGAGUGCCCCAGAAGGAACACAGAAAGCUGGGCUGCCGCUUCAUCACGGCUUUCUCGGAAAACGGGGGCGCUGAGAAGCCCAACUUCCAGCUAUAUAUGUCGCCACCGCCCACAGGGCCCCCGACGGCGAUGCUGGUGACAGCGCUCCCUGCGUGGGCGCCACUCUCCCCGUGCUCCCCGCGCCUGCAGCCAGGCACGACGGUGUGGGUGUGCCCGCCCGAGGCAGAGGAGCUGCAGGGCUCGCGGCAGGCGGCGCUGUGCAAGCAGCGACGUCGCGGCCCGAGGAAGUGGAGGCGGUGAACGCGCGUGGGCGCGCCUCCCGGGACACGGCGCUGGCUCUGCGGCGCUACCUGCUGGGCACUCCCUAAUCGAUGGUGACGCCGUCGCUGCCGCCCGGCGACCGGCACAAGGAGUUUGCGGUGGUGGCGGGCGCUGGGCCCACGCUCUUGAGGCGCCUCAAGCCCCCUAAGCCUGUUCUGCUGGACCGCGUAGGCCACCCUGCCCGCUGGCCCCAUCUAUUGAGCCUUGAAGGCUUCCAGAGGCGCUGCAGUUGCAGAGAGCAGGAGACCUAUCCGGCACCCGCGUCGUGGCCGCCCAUCCUGUCGCGCUGCUGGCUGGCCUCAGUUGUCUGCAAGCGAGAAGCAAGGCCUGUGGCCACGCGUUUGGACGACCGCCGCCCCAGGGUCGCUGGAGUGGUCUCCACACGGUGCCCCACUUUGCCCCAGAGCGUCCCGGGCGCCGAGACUGCGUGUUCCUGGAGGCUAGUGGCCCGGGUAGCCUGUGCUCCUGGUGCUGCGACGCCGACCGGGCGUGCGUGGGCUCUGCGCCCUGGCACGGUGCUGCGCUCUGUGGUGGACCAGUGCACUCUCUGGCUUUGCGCUCUUCGGCUGGCGUGCAGGUGUUUUUCCCCCCCGAGGCCGCCGCGGCCCGCGGGGGUUGACACCUACGAUCCCUCCUUCGCGCUUACGCCCUGGUGGGCGCGUUCAGCUGCAGCUUCACAAGCAUGGCGCAGCCAAACUUUUCCAACGUGGAAUUUGCACCUGCCCCGGUGCUCCCGGACUGCCUGCUGGGCCCGAGCCGCGUCAUGAGCAGCAUUCUGACCAAAGGCUGGUCCCGGCUCAGGGCUUCGCCUGGACUGAGGUGGCCUAGGGGCGCAGGUGCAGGGCAGUGCAAGACCUGGAGAGGAGCGGGGCGCCCAUGGGCAUGUUUAGCUUCGGCAUCGCCCAAGGCGCCGGCUUCGGGACCCAGGCCGUAGGGCAGCCGGUGGCAGAUGAGCAGCCCUGAGGGCCCAAGGGUUUGGGGAGGUGAACCGGCAAUGGGAUUCGUGGAUAUUAGGAUUGGAGAAAAUCAUAACACUACAUUCCAUUGCUUAUAUAACAAGAGAGGUAGUUUUUUUUGUUUUUGUUUUUGUUUUUGUUUGGUGGUUUUUUGUUGUUGUUGUUGUUUGUUUUGGUUUGGUUUUGCUUUGCACCCCACCCGACCCUCAAUUUUUUUUUUUUUUUUUUUACUAGAGACUUUUUUUUUUUUACUAGAGAAUUUUUUUUUUAGUAUUUUUACUAGAGACUGGGUAUCAGCAUGUUGGCCAGGCUGGUCUUGAGCUCCUAACCUUAGGUGAUCCACCCGCCUCGGCUUCCCAAAGAGCUGGGAUUACAGGCCUGAGCCACUGCGCCCGGCCCAGAGAGGCAGUUUUAAAAUACAAGUCUGUCCCUCCUCCACUCAAAAUCUCCUUGGCAAUUAUCCCAUCUCCCAGCAAAAGCAGUCCUUACAGUGGUUUAAGAGUUCCUACAUGAUGUGUUCCCAGCACACUGCUCAUCUCAUCUCUCUCCCUUGCCUCACUGUACUCCAGCCACACUGGUUGCCUUACUUUCUUCUUCCUACCCCAGGGCCUUUGCACUGGCUGUCCCCAUGAUAUCCCUGUGGAUCACUCUCUCCCCUCCUUCAAGCCUUUGCUCAAAUGUCACCUCUCCACUGAGGCCAACCUGACUGCCCAAUUUAAAAUUGCAAUCCCCAGGCCAGACAUGGUGGUUCACGCCUGUAAUCCCACCACUUUGGGAUGCUGAGGUGGGUGAAUCACUUGACAAGGUCAGGUGUUCAAGACCAGCCUGGUCAACAUGGAGAAACCUCAUCUCUACCAAAAAAUAUAAAAAUUAGCCAGGCGUGGUGGCACGUGCCUGUAAUCCCAGCUACUUGGGAGGCUGAGGCAGAAGAAUCACUUGAACCCGGGAGGCAGAGGUUGCAGUGAGCAGAGAUGGUGCCACUGCAUUCCAGCCUAGGCGACAGAAUGAGACUCUGUCUCAAAAAUAAAAUAAAAUUGUAAUCCCCCACCCCCAACAUUACCUAGCCCUUUCCCAGAAUUUUUUCACAGAAUAUAUCACUUUCUGUAUAAUUACUUUUUCUAUUAUCUGUCUACAACACAUACAUUCCUUAAGGGCAAUAAUUUUUUUAACCGUUUAAUAACCUUAAAAAAAAAAAGAAAACUGAGGCAGAGUCUCCCUAUGUUGCCCAGGCUGAUUUUGAACUCCUGGGCUCAAGGGAUCCUCCUGCCUCAGCUCCCCCAAAAUGCUGGAAUUUCAGGUGUGAGCCACCGUGUUUGGCCUGUUGUCAAGUUUUUGUUUGUUUGUUUGUUGUUAUUUUGUGAUGGAGUUUUGCUCUUGUUGCUCAGGCUGGAGUGCAAUGGCAUAAUCUCGGUUCACUGCAACCUACGCCUCCCAGGUUCAAGCAAUUCUCCUGCCUCAGCCCCCCAAGUAGCUGGGGUUACAGGCAUGUGUCACCAUGCGUGGCUAAUUUUUUGUAUUUAGUAGAGAUGGGGCUUCACCAUGUUAGUCAGGCUAGUCUCGAACUCCUAACCUCAGGUGAUCCACCUGCCUCGGCCUCCCAAAGUGCUGGGAUUACAGGCGUGAGCCACUGUGCCCGGCCUGGCAUGUUGUAAGUUUUAAGAUACACAGUUAACUGAACAAUUUAAAGUUUCCAACCUGAAUGAAUUUUCACAUAUGUUCAUCUGUGUAACCCUCACUUAAAUGAAGCUAUUAGAACACUUCUGUCACCCCACAUAGCUUCAUGAGGUCAGAUUCUUACAAAAAGCUUUUGUGCACUAUUAAAUCUCCAGCACCUGUGACAGUGCCCAGCUCUCAGCAAACAUUUGUGGAAGGAAUAGUAAUGGUUGUAAUUUGUUAAAUGUGCACCACAUCAUAUGCCAGGCACUGGGCUCAUAGAGGCAAUUAUUGCCCAAGGUCAUACCUUUUUAUUACAGUGUAAAAUGUGAACAGUGGGGUGGGAGAAGGGAUAAAAUAAUAAUAGCUAGUAUUGAGUGCAUAACUCUGUGCAUUAUUUCUUUUUACCUUCCCGCUUGUCUUUGAGGUUGACUGUCUAAUAAUAUUGUGGGGUUUUUUGUUCUUUUUUUUUUUUUUUCUGAGAAGGAGUCUCCCUCUGUUGCCCAGGCUGGAGUGCAGUGGCACUAUCUCGGCUCACUGCAACCUCAGCCUCCCAGGUUCAAGUGAUUCUCCCGCCUCAGCCUCCCGAGUAGCUGGGAUUACAGGUGCAUGCCACUACGCCCGGCUAAUUUUUUUAGUUUUAGUAUAAACAGGGUUUUGCCAUGUUAACCAGGCUGGUCUCGAACUCCUGACCUCAGGUGAUCCACCCACCUUGGCCUCCCAAAGUGCUGGAAUUACAGGCAUGAGCCACUGCGCCUGGCCUGUUUUUUGUUUUUGUUUUUUCUUUUCUUUUUUAAGAUAGAGUCUCGCUUUCUUACCUAGGCUGGAGUGCAGUGGCAUGAUCUAGGCUUACUGCAACCUCCGUCUCCCAGGUUCAAGCAAUUCUUGUGCCUCAGCCUCCUGAGUAGCUGGGAUUACAGACGCACAGCACCACCACGCCUGGCUAAUAUUUUUGUAUUUUUUUUUUUUUUUUUUUAGUAGAGACAGGGUUUCACCACGUUGGCCAGGCUGGUCUCGAACUUCUGACCUCAGAUGAUCUGUCCACCUCAGCCUCCCAAAGUGCUGGGAUUAUAGGUGUGAGCCACUGUGCCCGGCCAAUUUAUUUUGUUUUGUUUGAGACAGGGUCCUUUUCUUUCACCCAGGCUGCUGUGCAGUGGCACAACCGUGGUUCACUACAGCCUUGACCUCUGGGCUCAAAUGAUCCUCUAGCCUCAGCCUCCCAAGUACCUGGGACUACAGGCGUGCACCACCAUGCCUAGCUAAUUUUUAUUUUUUGUACAGACAGGGUCUUGCUAUAUUGCCUGGGCUGGCCUCAAAUUCCUGGGAUCAAGCAAUUCACCUGCCUCAGCCUCCCAGACUGUUGGGAUUACAAGUGAAAACCACCACCCUCAGCCUAUAAUAAUAUUGUAACGAUUGCUUUUCCCUGGGGAGAGGGGCCGAGACCAGAGCUCAAGUCUCUUGCUAAGCUCACACAGCUAGAAAGUGGCAGCGUCUGGAUUUGAACCCAGGUCUGUCUGUGUCCACAGUGCAAGCUUUUAACCACCUUUUUGGUUGUGGGGGGUUUUGUUUUGUUUUGUGUUUUGUACCACCUUGCAAAGACUUAUAAAGUAGUCUAGACUUAUGUGCUAAGUGGCAAGUGCUUUUUUAAAUAAUGUACAUACAUUAUAUAAUGUUCUCUUUACAGUCAUCCUGGAGAUGGGUCUUUUUGUUAUCCUCAUUUCAUAGAGAAGACAGUUGAAGGUUUAAGCCAUGAAAUCACUGCCCAAGGCCACAUGCUGAACAGAUGUCAGCUUUGAACCCCAAGCCUGCUUGGGCUGCUGGGAAACAGGCAUGUUGUCUCAGAGGGCACCGCGCUCGGCGAAGACUCAGCGAGACUGGACGCUGACCACGGUUCUGAACACACUGUGCUGCGGGACCUGGGCUUUUCCUGUAACCCUGAAAUCCCAUUCAACCUCUUACGGUCCUGAGAAACAACGGGAGACCAGGGAGAUGAGAGAAAAGUGAGGGAAUGCUCAGAGAGAGAGGCUGGGUUUCUUAGAAAUGAAGACAAGGACUUCAAUUCAUUUAUUUAUAACAGCUCAGAGCUGGACUCUGGAGCCAAGAGUCCUGGAUGCAAAUCCUGCUCCAAGCUGUGUGAUUCUGCAUAAGUCACUUCAUUUCUCUGACUAUCUACUUCCCCUCUAUUAAAGGUGGAUAAUAGUAUGAACAUCAUAAGGUUGUUGUGGCAUUUUAAAUUAAAUUAUUUAUUAUUCCUAUUAUUAUUUAAUAGAAAUAGAGAUGGGGUCUUGCUAUGUUGCCAGGCUGGUCUCAAACUCCUGGGCUUAAGCAAUCCACCCACCUUGACCUACCAACACACUUGGAUUACAGGCAUGAGCCACUGCACCUGGCUCUAAUUUUUUAUGUUUAUUUAUUUAUUA